UGCAACAUGCAAGUCGCAUCGAUGUCUCUUUCGCGUAAAGUGAAAGCGGCUGACGUUGUAGACUCCCAAAACAAUAACAGUGGUCGGGUGACAAACCCAGAGAACUAGUGAAGCCCCUUCCAUCUUCAUGGUUCGGUUAUCCUAACACAAUUCACAGCUGAUUGCUUGACGUUUCCGCUUAACCUUUGAGAAAGGAAACAACCGAGGCGUUAAACCGCGUUUUGUGUUACUACACUCGUGCUGCAGGUUGUGUGAUCUUGGGGCCGGUUCCGAUGGAUGAAAUGUAAAUUUUCCGGCAUGAGUGUUUGUGGGGACAGUAUGUUGGACGGGUUACCAUCUCCCGGUUUUUACGGCAGAUCGGGUAUAUUAGAAACGUUCGUGCGGAAUCAGUGGUACAGAGUUUUCCUCACCUUAGAAGAAGACUACCUUAGCAUAACACUAGACGAGUCUUGUGAGAACACAACUACCCUUAACGGAACGUUAAAUAAUAACAUCGAAACUCCGAGCGGUAUCAGUGAUACACCGGACGUUCCCGAUUCGGUGGCUAAUCAGAAAAGGAUUGUGAGGGUGAUCAAAUCGGAAAAUAAUGGGUUAGGCAUUUCCAUUAAAGGUGGGAGGGAGAACAAAAUGCCAAUUUUGAUCAGUAAAAUCUUCAAGGGUAUGGCUGCUGAUCAGACUGAACAGCUUUAUGUGGGUGAUGCUAUAUUAGCAGUGAAUGGAGAGGACCUGCGAGAAUCUACUCACGACGAGGCGGUCAAGGCACUGAAAAGAGCGGGAAAGAUUGUGGAACUCGAAGUGAAAUACCUUAGAGAAGUGACGCCAUACUUCAGAAAAGCCAGUAUAAUUUCGGAAGUAGGAUGGGAACUUCAGAGGGGUUUUCUCACGGGUGCGCCUCCAGUCAUGAAAUUUCCUCAAAGGGCCGAUACCCGAUAUUUGCCCUUGCAGCUGUGCCACUUAGUUAGAAACUAUACUUUUCCAGAUCCAGAAAAUAGAACAAUGGAACUCCACUCUCCUGAUGCUGUCCAUAGUUGUGUCUUAAGAGCUGCAGACCAAGCAGAAGCAGUAGCAUGGUUUAAUACCCUCCAUUCGGCUUUAUCGAUGCUGACGACUGCUGCUCUACAUGAAGCUUCUAGAUUUAUUCCUGACCUGCGACAUAUAGGCUGGUUCCUAAGGAAACCUAGACCAGAGAAUCAAAUGUCAAGCUCGGAAAGUUCAGAGGAUGCUGAGAGGUGGCAGGCCAUCUUCGCCGCAGUCACAGAUAGCGAACUUCGAUUCUACGAGAGUGCACCAUGGUCUGGAGAAUCCUGGAAGGCCCCAGCAGAAUCAUAUGCUCUUAUCGCAACAAGAUUGGUUGGAUCAGUGAAACGUCAAGAUACCCCUGAAUUGAGCAUCCGUUGUGCCACCCUCGAGGGGGUGGUCACUCACAAUCUUCGGGCAGAGACACACAGAGAUCUGGCUGUUUGGGCGAAGACUUUGGUCAACGGGAGUCAUGCCAGUGCAGUAACGCAGAGGGAGUUCGUUUGUAGAUGUACUUGGAAAGGCAGGCCUGCUCAAUUAGUAAUUCAUUAUGAAAACGGUUUCACCUUGUUGGAAGCAGGUACGGGGUCCCGCACACUGUGGAGGCAUUCUUUCGAUCAACUCAGGCAUUCCUCCGACGAUGGCAAAAGAAUUUUAUUCCUGGAUUUCGGCGCUAACGGGGAGGAAUCCGAAGUGGAACUGGACGUUGAAAUUUGUCCCAAACCAUUAGUCUUCAUUCUUCACAAUUUCUUAUCGGCCAAAUUGAACAGACUGGGCUUAUAUGCGUAACAUUCAAUGCCAUAAUUUCGUGGUUUUAAAAUAUGAAGGAAGUUUCUACAUUUGAAAUUUCAUCAGAACUUCUUGUCAAUUAAUCAUUGGUAGUUUGGUUCCUUCAUUUGGAAAUAAGUAAUUUUCAUCGCCAUCCAAAACACUUUUAGGUUGGCCCAUUAUACAUUGUA